GCCACCCCUGCAGACACCCCACACCUCCUGGGGAUCGUCUGCCUGCCUGUCCCGGACUCCGGCAGCGGGGCCCCCGAUGGCAGUGGGCACCUCCCCCUGAAACCUGCCAAACUGGACGCCACAGCUCUGCACGACGACACUUCAGCCAGCUCCGUGCCCACUUCGGAGGUGUGUGGCUAUGCGGUCCUAGCCUGCAGCCCGGGCAUCCCCGAGGAACACUACGUGAGCGAGGCUGUGGAUGAUGCAGCCGACUGCAGAGGGUACCGAGAUGCCUGCACCAUUACUGACGUGUGCAACAGCACCAACCUUCCCGAGGUGGAGAUCAUCAGCCUGCUGGAGGAGCAGCUGCCUCAUUACAAGCUGAGAGCCGACACCAUCUAUGGCUACGACCACGAUGACUGGCUGCACACGCCCCUCGUCUCCCCAGAUGCCAGCAUUGACCUCACCUCUGAACAAAUCGAGGAGACGCUGAAAUACUUCCUUCUCUGUGCUGAGAGAGUUGGCCAGAUGACUAAGACGUACAAUGACAUAGAUGCUGUCACUCGGCUUCUUGAGGAGAAAGAGCGGGACCUGGAGCUGGCUGCACGCAUCGGUCAGUCACUGCUGAAAAAGAACAAGGCCCUCAGCGAGCGGAACGAGCUACUCGAGGAGCAGGUGGAGCACAUCCGGGAGGAGGUCUCCCAGCUCCGCCAUGAGCUGUCCAUGAAGGACGAGCUGCUGCAGUUCUACACGAGCGCGGCGGAGGAGAGCGAGCCCGAGUCCGUCUGCUCUACCCCGCUGAAGAGGAACGAGUCAUCCUCCUCUGUGCAAAAUUACUUCCAUCUGGAUUCCCUUCAGAAAAAGCUAAAGGACCUUGAGGAGGAAAACGUGGUCCUGCGGUCCGAGGCCUGCCAGCUGAAGACAGAGACCAUCACCUACGAGGAGAAGGAGCAGCAGCUGGUCAACGACUGCGUGAAGGAGCUCAGGGAUGCCAACGUGCAGAUUGCUAGCAUCUCGGAGGAGCUGGCCAAGAAGACAGAGGAUGCCGCUCGCCAGCAGGAGGAGAUCACACACCUGCUCUCACAGAUUGUGGACCUGCAGAAGAAGGCAAAAGCUUGCGCAGUGGAGAACGAGGAGCUUGUCCAGCACCUGGGGGCUGCGAAGGACGCCCAGCGGCAGCUCACAGCUGAGCUGCGUGAGCUGGAGGACAAGUACGCGGAGUGCAUGGAGAUGCUGCAUGAGGCCCAGGAGGAGCUGAAGAACCUGCGGAACAGGACCGUGCCCAGCACCACGGCCCGGCGCUACCACUCACUGGGCCUCUUUCCCAUGGACUCCCUGGCGGCAGAGAUCGAGGGGACCAUGCGCAAGGAGCUGCAGCUAGAAGAGCCUGAAUCUCCAGACAUCGCGCACCAGAAGCGUGUCUUCGAGACCGUGCGGAACAUCAACCAGGUGGUCAAGCAGAGGUCAUUGACCCCCUCGCCCAUGAACAUCCCGGGCUCCAACCAGUCCUCAGCCAUGAACUCCCUGCUGUCCAGCUGCGUCAGCACCCCCCGGUCCAGCUUCUACGGCAGCGAUGUGGGCAACAUUGUCCUGGACAACAAGACCAACACCAUCAUCCUGGAAAGCGAGGCAGCCGACCUGGAGGUGCCCAACGAGCACACGAAGAAGCCAGGCACACCAGGCACUCCGGGUACCCACGACCUGGAGACAGCGCUGAGGCGGCUGUCGCUGCGUCGGGAGAACUACCUGUCGGAGAGGAGGUUCUUCGAGGAGGAGCAGGAGCGGAAGCUGCAGGAGCUGGCCGAGAAGGGCGAGCUGCGGAGCGGCUCCCUCACGCCCACCGAGAGCAUUCUGUCUCUGGGCACCCGCUCACGCUUCUCGGAGCUCACUGGCUUCUCGGGCAUGUCCUUCAGCAGCCGCUCCUACCUGCCAGAGAAGCUGCAGAUCGUGAAGCCGCUGGAAGGUUCUGCCACCCUCCACCACUGGCAGCAGCUGGCCCAGCCUCACCUUGGGGGCAUCCUCGACCCCCGGCCUGGUGUGGUCACCAAAGGCUUCCGGACACUGGAUGUUGACCUGGACGAAGUGUACUGCCUUAACGACUUAGAGGAAGAUGACACAGGUGACCACAUUCCCCUCCCGGGCCUAGCUACCUCCACACCAGUGCAGCACCCAGAGACCUCAGGUGAGAGGUCCCAGGCACACUCGACUGUCCCAAGCAGCAGGAGCUCCCCUGAGGAGAUGCAGAAGCCACCUGCGGCCAUGGAGGAGGAGGAGGGGUCUGCGAACCACCCCGGGAAGUGCAUGUCCCAGACCAACUCCACUUUCACCUUCACCACCUGUCGCAUCCUGCACCCCUCCGAUGAGCUCACACGGGUCACACCAAGCCUUAACUCAGCCCCGACUCCGGCUUGUGGCAGUGUUGGACACCUGAAGGCCACACCCGUGGCAACACCAUGCACCCCAAGGAGGCUGAGCCUGGCCGAGUCCUUCACCAAUGCCCGCGACUCCACGACCACCAUGAGCACGUCGCUGGGGCUGGUGAGGCUGCUAAAGGAGCACGGCAUCUCGGCUGCUGUGUACAACCCCCAGAGCUGGGACCGCGCAGCGCGAGGCGCCCUACUGCAUGCCUACACCCCCCGCAUGGCCGUGAUCCCCUCCACUCCGCCCAACUCGCCCACUCGGACGCCCACUGGCUCCCUGCCCACCUUCGAGUUCAAGUGCACCAGCCCCCCAUACGACACCUUCCUGGCGUCUAAGCCGGCCAGCUCCAUCCUGCGGGAGGUGCGAGAGAAGAAGGGCGUGCGCAGCAGCGAGAGCCAGACUGAUGUGUCUGUCGGCAGCCUCAACCUCGUGGACAAGGUCCGGCGCUUUGGGGUGGCCCGGGCUGUGAGCGCAGGACGGGCCCAGGGCCCCACCCAGACUGAGGACCAGGGACCCCUGCUCUGCGUGCCUCCCGGAGUACCCGGGGGCCUGGUCCCUGAGGGCCUGCAGCUGGGCUGCCCAGCCACCACUGUCACCAGCGCCGUGGGCGGGCUACAGCUGCCGGGUGGCAUCCGCAGGAACCGAAGUUUCCCCACCAUGGUGGGCUCCAGCAUGCAGAUGAAAGCGCCCGGGACGCUGGCCCCGGGGAUCUUGAUGGGUGCUAAGCUCCCCGCGCAGACUGGCUUGCGGUGAGGGCCGAGGCAGUGUGCCUGCUGGGCACUACCCCUUCCUGUCCUCUCGGGGUGACGGGCAGUGCCCCUGCCUGGGCGUUAGGGCUGGCACACAGCACACAGAGAUCCCAUGUGCACCCAGCCCAGCCUGUCCUGCCGCCCACAGGAAGUGCCCUAUGCCUGUCCAUGGCGUCACCUGUGUAGUGGGGGACGUGGGGUCCUUCCUUCCUGUUCCUUCUGAGAAGCACUGAUGCUCCCAUGGUGCUCUUAUCCUGUGGAUAGGAGACCAGUGAGUGCUACACCCUCUGCUCGCGUCACACCACGAGCUGUCAGGUGUCCCCUCGCCCGCCCAAAAGAGCUAGAUGGAGCCUGGGCCACCUUCAUGAGUUCCACCGCAGCAUUUCCGGGUGAUCGGAGCUUUCUUGUCUCUGGUGGCGGCUCCGUGCCUGCGAGGCCUCCUCUGCCUUGAGGGGAGCCUGUUCCUCCCGGCCUGGGCCUUUUCCCUCCACGCCUCGGACAUGAGGUGGUCAGCCGGGGGCCACACUCCAGCCUGAGGGAGAACAGGCGUCCCGGCCUGUGGCUGCUGUGCCUCCCGCGGUCCCCGCACAGAUCCUUUUCCCUUGCCAAGUGUAGGGAGGCGAGGGCACCGGCGACUCUGUCUCUGUGGUUCUGGGACGUGGGCCCGCAAGUCACCAGUGAGGUGGCACACGAGAGUGGAGGCCAGACCCAGGCAGCGUUAGUAGGAGGGGUGGCUGAGCCAUGACCCAAAGGCAGCAAAAGGUGAGAGCGAUGCCCUGACCACAGUAUGCUGGCUGAGCCGGCGCCCCGUCCUGCAUGCGGGCCAGCUGUGUCUGCACUCCCCAGGCCUCUGUCCCUGCAUCAUCUGUGGGAACAGUAUGGUGCUGGGGAAGGCUCCGUGGCUCAUGUCCCGCCAGCACCGCCGAGGCCUGGGAUGGUUAUUUAUUUUGUGUGCCCUGACCUCAACCCCGCCCUGCGGUUAUUUAUUUCCUUCCACCUCAGGCCGCCCCCCCCCUCAGGUGGUCACAAGGCCAUAAAAUGGUCAUUCUGCACCCGCCACCCAGCAGAGGUGUGUCCUUUGCCCGCACGAGGGUCACACAUCAGCAAGGGAAAGGCGAGGGCCCACCCCAGGGGCCAGCUGCAGUCCUGGUCCAGACUAUUUAUUCCCUGCCCUACAAGCGCCCGCCGAGGCCGUGUGCCCGCCACAGGUAACUUACCUCUUCGGAGCUGAAUGUAUGUUAAGUGUCAGGGAGAAAAAUGGGAACAGAAGACUGGUGGACUGAGUGGAUCACUCUGCGUGUCAGAGAGGAGCCGCCCACCGCCGCAGAAAACCACUGUAAACCCAGCAAUCCAGAGGCUGCAGGAUUUAGCAUAGUAAAUAUAUAAACAGUCAGCAUUGUGCAGCCAGUACCGGAAGUGUGUUCAAAUGCAUCAAACAGCAACAAUACAGUUUUAUUCGCUAACGAAUAUCAAUAAAGUAAGUUCAGAUGAUGGAAACCA